AUGCUUCUGACGGGUUUCGGGCCGAUCGCCCUUCUGCUUCUCGUGACGGUCAUCAUUGGACUUUUCGGCAACACAAUGUCGUUGUUCGUUUUUUCGAGACGGAACAUGAUGCGUUCCUCGGUUCGUUUCGUCUUUUUUUAUGUCUCGACUUUGAGAGGAUUUUUGACAUGAAAUAUCUAUGAAAAGGCCAUUGAAAAGUAAAGAGAAGCUGGAAAAAGUUCAAUAAUCACUUAAGGACUCAUAUUUGUUCAUGAAACUAGAUGACAAACUUAAUUUGGAAGGCUCAUCAUCCUUCAAGAAACCAUUCGCAGCUAUAUAGUUAAAAAACGAAACCUAAGGGAUCACUUUAGAGGUCUCUCGGAGCUUCUUUUAAAACAGCACAAUUUCCACUCAAGGGACCACUUUAGUAGCCUCAAAUGUCUGUUUGAGAGAGCGAAUUCAACCCUUUUCCUACCCUCUAGUAAACAUUUUUUUAUUUCCCUGUAACCACUCGGUUCAUUGAAAAGUUCCAAAGAUUAUCUCAAACUCAAUUUUCUCUUACAUCAUCUUCACACAUUAGCCGUAGAGCGCACUUUGGGCGGCAAAAUUGCCUUGGUUGGGUAAUUAAAAGACGAUAAUUGGUCCACCCACAUUUUAUAUAGGAAUGCGUUCAAUUUUGCACUCUGGAAAGUGGAAAAUUAUACGAAACUAUUUGAUUUUGGCUUGUAGAAAAAAGAAAUUAGAAGACCAAUGAAGGUUUAUGUAAAGGUUCCUGGCACGAUUGAAAAGGCAUACUGUAGCCAAAGGGUUCAAACGUAAAAAAAAAGGUCCUGAGACGAUUGGUAAGGCAUACUGUAGCCGAAGGAUUCUACUGUAAAAAAGGGUCUUGGCACGAGUGAGAAGGCAUACUGUAGCCAAAGGGUUCUAUUGUAAAAACGGGUCCUGAGACGAUUGAAAAGGCAUACUGUAACCAAUGAUUUCUAAUUUGAAAAAGGGUCCUGUGACGAUUGAUGAGGCAUACUGUAACCAAUGAGUUCUACGGUAAAAACGGGUCCUGAGACGAUUGAGAAGGCAUACUGUAACCAUCUAUGUCAGAAAGAUAUGAUUUUUGACGCUUGGGAGAGAUUUUUUCAACAUUCAAAAGUCCGAUUUAGCCGUAGAGCGCAAUUUAAGAUAGAAAAUAGCCUUCCAAGCGAUUUUUCCAGGAAUUCAAAAAAAUUUUUCCAGAUCGGCGUCUUUCUGUUGGCUCUGACCUGUGUCGACAUCGUCCUACUCAUUUUGUCCGUUUUCACAUUUGUUGUGCCGGUUUUGCCUAUUUGGUAGGGUUUCCUAUCAAAAAUAAUCAGUAGAAUAAUUUUUGAAGGCAACAAAACGACCCGGACUGGCAAAUCUACACGGCGAUCAUGCUGAAAACGGCCUAUCCGUUGAACAUGAUUGCUCAGACUUGCAGCGUGUGUCUCAUGUUAGCCAUCACGACGGAAAGGUGGAUCGCCGUCUGUCGGCCUCUUCAGGUUUCUUUUUUUUUAAUUAUUUAUUUUUCAAAAAAUGACAAAGUGGGUACAAUUUUUGGAUGAGUGCCAAACACGAGGGAAACCUGUUUCUGAGGUCGCAUAGCGCAUUUCACGGCCCCCGACUAUAAACUACUUGCGCGUAGCGGCAUCUUUCAGCAUAAGACGUGGGAAAGCCGCAUGAGGUCGGGUGCAGAUUUGGGAUGACUACGAAAACUUACAAAAAACAUUCGAUCAAUAUAAUAUAGAGGCUUUGUGUAAUAUUAUCAAGUUUUCAAGGUGAAGUCCUGGUGCAGACCCGGCCGUUCGGCUCGCAUGUGUGCCACGAUCGUUAUCGUAUCGAUUUUGUACAACGCGAUAAGAUACUUCGAGUUUCAGCUGGUGUACGUUUUGAUUAGGAACUAGAAGUUCUGAACUGGAUUUAAGUUUGAAAAAAGCUCAAAAUUAUGCUUUUCGAAGUUUUAGGAUGUCUAAGUAAUGGAAAGAAGCUGUUGCAUAUGAUUUUUUUUUUAAAGAUGUUAGUCUUUUAGGAAAAUCUCCUUUUUUAGGUUUUUUUUUUGAUAUGAUAUGCGUUUUUCUACGCAUUUUUUUCCAAGACAUAACUCAUAAUUAAAUUCUGCGAGCUUGAAUACAUUGCUAUACACUGACAGAAUGAGUUUGAAAAAAAAAAACGACGAUUCGUGAGAAAUUUGAUUAAUUUUUCAGUUGGGCGAACGGGAGCGUCGUCUCGUUCCAGAAACUGCUCAGAGAUCCGGAAAAGAGCAGGUCAAAAAACAAUUAUUCAAUAAUUUCAAAGUGAAAAGUGAUGGGUAAUCCGAGACUCAAACAUUUUUUUAGAUAGAUUUUUUUCUACAACUUUGAAAAAAAUAUUUUUAAAAAAAUGAUGUUUUCAGCGUCUGGAUUGAAAAAUAUUUUUUUAAUGAUGAAAGAUGAGUAAAUUUUAUUCAAAGCCUUUUCGAUUCAUUUUUUCAGGAUUCCUUUUCUGAAAAAUUGACCUUUUUGGUACCUAAAUCAUUAAUUUUUUUAUUAAAAUUCUCAUAUUUUUCAGAAUGUUUAUUGAUUGAAAAUUUUGAAAAAUACAUUUUUUUUUUUUGCAAUGAAUGAAGUAUUUUUUUGAGCAUUCUAAUGUAUUUUCUCAUGAAAUUGGAACAUUUUUUUCCUCAAAAAAAGUGGACCUUUUUGGUCCAUAAAUGAUCAUUGAAAACAUUUUUCAAAAUCUUAUUUUGCGGUUGAAAGUUUUCAGAAACUUGGUAAAAAAAUUUACUGAUACUUACUUACUUACUUAGAUACUUAGAUGGUCCAUCUUCGCUUUCGACCUUUUAUUGCCUUUUAGUGCCUUUUAUUGAUCGGGAGAUCUUAUGCAAUCGGUCAUCCAGUUUUGUCGUCCUGGUUGACUGGUAUUCUUGCGAAAAAGUUCCAUCCGUGGUGUUGAACGUGUUAUAGCAUAAUUGUGGUCUUAUUAUCCUUUUUGCCUUGCCAGGGCUAAAAAAGACCGCCCAUUCUGUUAGCAGAAGCAAGCCGAAUUGCGUGACCGGUGUACCGUUAGCCGCCAUAAAUGGCGUUGCCUCCCCAUCACCGCGUAGAGGUGGUACUUGAAGGGGUUACUGAUAUACCAGUAGAAGAUCCUGAAAGUUUCAAUCAGCACAACUUUCUAGUUUUUGAGAAAAUACACCUCCAAGUCUACGAAAACGCAAAAAAUCCGUUAAAAUAGCCCAUUUUGAGGCUUAGAGCCCUUAUUUCUCGAAAACCAGUGAGUUUUGUAGUUUGAGACGUUCAGAUUCUUCUUCCGGUGCAUUAAUAAGUAUUCUGGCCGAACUUUAGAGAAUAUCAACCACAAAAAAAUGACCUCCCACGUCAGUAGGGCGCCCUUUGAAAUUUUCCAGCUUUCUGAAGCAAUAAUAAUAAUAAUAUCUUUCUAUACGUGAAGAGCAACGAUUGAGAAAAAGUUGAAGAAUUUCAAUCUUAACCUUUUCUUGAAACUUAUCCGUUACGGGUUUGAAUUUUGAGAGUUUUUCUCCUGAACUAAAUUCAAUUUUUGAAGAAAAUGUUUCCAGAUGGUACUACGUUGGCUACUACACGAUUCUCUACAAUGUCACCCAUUUUAUCUUUCCUUUUACGGUCAUGACAAUCGCUAAUUAUCAAAUUGUCACUACCCUUGUCAGAAGGAAGAAGUCUUGUCCACUUUUGACAACUCAGGUUCAUUUUUUGGCAAUGUUUCGUUGAGAAAGUUUGGAAAAAGGAGAUUUUGAACGACUUCACUGUCUUUAAACCAACUCAAAAUGCAUUUUUUUCAAAACGAAAAAUUUUUAGAAUGGAAAAAAAGUCUAAAAAUUAGUUUAUAGGGUUAAGAAAUCUCCACUUGAACGAUAUCAGAAAAAGAUGACUUUGCAAAAUAUUUCAUUUUUCAAUUUAGGAUCGUUUUUUGAAUGUAUAUAGCUCAAUAGAUUUUAUUUAACGCUCUGAAAAACGAUAUAUAUCUUUAGAGAAGGAUUUUUCGGAACUUUUUCCUCAUUUUAAGAAUUAAAGGGGAUGUAAUACAAGGAAAAAGGUCCGAGAAAGUAACAUUUUUUUUUACUAAUCCAUCAAAUUUAAUAAAUUUUACUUUUUUUGAGAGCUUUUUUUCAGCAUUUUUUUCGAGUUUUUUCUGGAAUAUUUUCCUCAUUUUUCGAGCUGUAAGUCAAAUUUUUGCUCAAAAAAAGUUCUAAAAAAGUGAAAAAAAAUUUUUAUAGUCAGUGUGCCACGACUUGAAAUUUUACGGAACGACAUUCCGCUGUUCCGCUGCGUGCGUUCGCGAAGAGUUUUUUCCUUUGCGAGCCUCGGUAGCGCUUGUUCUUGGUUAUCAUCGCUGGUAGAUAGACUGUUCCACUGGGAAACAUGAAAAUCAAGGACUGAAACAAAAGAGAAAACUAAAAAAGAUUCGUAAAAGCGGAAACGCUUCGCGACCGCACGCAGCGGAACAGCGCAAUGUCGUUUGGUGAAAUUCCAAGUUGUGGCACACAGACUAUACCAAAACCAUCAAAUUUGAUAAUUUUCACUUUGAAAACUUUAUCAACAUUAUUCGAUUCACUUUUCAAUUUAUCCCAUUCUAGCAACUGAAAGAACAAAAAACGACGGUAAUGCUGUUGAUGGUGACGACGGCGUUCGUCAUUUGUAACACUCUGGUCUUUUCGCUCAAUAUUUUGGAAUCUGUCUUUCCAAAAUUCUCAGCGGUAAGAUAUUUUUGAAAAAAAUGUCCUUGAAAACUUCUUUCAAAGAAAACGCUCUGAAUUCCAGGAAUGGAUCGGCACAUUCUCGGUGCUGAAUGAUUGGGCCAACUACCUGGUCGUCUUCAAUUCGGCCUCGACUUUCUUGAUCUACCUCAUUUUCUCAGCCAAAUACAAGCAGACUGUUUUGGUCGCUUGCAGGUAUAGUUUUUUCUUUCAGAGGAUAAUCCAAAAAACAAAUCUUCACCAGUAAUGAGGUCAUUUUACUUUGUGGCUCGGAAUUUUCUAAAAAUUUUGUUCAAACACUCCCUGAAUGUCUAGAUGAAGAUCCCUCAUAGUCUGUACCUGUGUAAAAGUCCAGUUUUUGAGAUAUUUACUUUUGAAGUUUGAGACAGAUUUAGGCCCCACGAGAAGGUCAUUUUACUUUAUGGCUCGGAAUUUUCUAAAGAAAAUUGCUCAAAUAAUCUCUGAAUGUCUAGAUGAAAUUUCCUCAUAGUCUCUACCUGUGUAAACCUCCAGUUUUUUAGAUAUUUUUUUUUGAAGUUUAAACCAGAAUUAGGCCCCCCAAGAAGGUCAUUUUAACUUGCGACUAGGAAUUUUCUACAAAUUUGCUCAAACAACCUCUCAAGCUUUCUAUAGAGCCCCAUCAAAAUUGCAGCCCGCCCCAGCUUCCAGUUUUCAAGAUAAUUAACCUUGAAGGUCGAAAAGUUAGGCCUAAAACCCAUGUUUCGCAACUUUGAAAAAUAAUAUUUCAAAAACUAGAAGUUGGAUGAGGUAGCAUGGAUAUUCUUCUAAACCUCUUGAGAGUUUUUCAGCAGUUUUAUGGGCCAAGUAAAAUGAACUUCAUAGUCAGAUAAUAAUCUCAAAAUUGGUUUGAAAAAGAUCCUCACCAGUAAGGAGGUCAUUUGCGGUUGCGAAUUUCCGGAAACUUGGUUAAAACACUUCUUGAUGUACCAGUUGAAGAUCCUGAAAGUGUCAAUCUGCACAACUUCCUAGUUUUUGAGAAAGGUCACCUUAAAGUCAAGGAAAACACUAAAAAUCCGUUAAAAUAGGCCAUUUUGAGGCUUUGAGCCCUUAUUUCUCGAAAACCAGAGAGUUCUGUAGUUUGAGACGUUCAAGAUCUUCAUCUGGUACAUCAAGGAGUAUUCUGGUCGAAUUUUAGAGAAUUCCCAAGCACAAAGUAAAAUGACCUCUCAUGUCAGUAGGGCAUCGUUUAAAAUUUUCCAGCUUUUUGAAGCAAUAUUAAUAAUUUUUCUAUACGUGAAGAGCAACGAUUGAGAAAAAGUUGAAGAAUAUCAAUCUUAACCUUUUCUUGAAACUUAUCAGCCACGGGUUUGUAAAACAAAGUCAUUCCCAAAAUUUUAAAAGUUUAUUUUUGUUCAAAAAUUCUUUAUUUUAAAGAAGUUUUUUUGAAAAAAAUACAUCAAUCUUUUAUUAUCAUAUUUACGAUUCAAAAAAACGAAAUAAAAAAAUCCAAGUAAAUUAUAUAAAUUUUUCAGACUUUCAUGCGUUAACAAUUCGCUUCGAAGCACGAAAAAUAGUUUGAAGUUUAUAAAAGAUUUUAUUUUUCUUCCAUUUCAAGCUUUUUUUAUGGGCUUUGUGCGCUUCACUACACUAUCCUCUCUUUAACAAAUUUAUUUUAGAAUUAUAGAGAAGUUUUAAAAUAUGUUCUCGUAUCAAAAAUGAUCGUUUUUUAUCAACUUUUCUUGAAAAAUGGAAGAAUUUGAUUUUACUUUGAAAAGUUUCCGCCAUUCAGUUGCUUCUUGCUCUAUUUCUAUAUCUAUUCAAAAAAAAUUUAUUGUUCAAUUUAUACAACUUUUUUCUUUAGAAGAUGGCGCGGAAAAGUCCGAGAAGGUAGUUGGUCGAAUGCCACAGGACUGACGUCACUUCCGGCUCACAAGAAAGAGCUCAUUUGCACAAUGAGCAUGAAAUAA